GCUGCACCACAAUCAGAACUGCCAACAGAGGGUUCUGCUGAUGGUGCUCAAGUUCCAACAGAAGAAGUGCCACCACCACCACCACCUGAUGCACCACCAGCACCUCACCAGCCAUCACAAACACAGAAUAUACUUACAGUGGAUGCAGAUGUACCUGUGGAUGAAUCACCAUUUUCUGCCUUGAACCUAAUAUGGUCAUUUGGUAUGAACAAAAAUAUCCCAGUUCUCAACUUGACAGAUCCAAACAGAAAGAUGAUAGCAUAUGCUUGUGCACAUGCUGGUAUUUUGUACAACUUUAGGGAUAACACACAAAAGAUAUUACAAGGACAUUGCAACCCUCUGUCCUGUAUGUGCACUAGUGCAGACAAAAGAUGGUUGGUAACAGCAGACAAAGGAAGAGAUAACUUGGUUAUCAUCUGGGAUACAUCAUCAGGUGUACCAGUUCAAACACUUUUUGAUCCACACCCUGAGGUAGGGGUGGCAGCCAUUGCUAUGACUCCAGAUGCCAAAUACAUAGCAACCAUCAGUGCUGCAGAGGAUCAGACUCUGAGUAUUUGGGACUGGACUGUUGAUGGAGAGAAGCCUGUGUGUAAAACAAACCUCAAGGCAGAGUAUGGGCAUCAGCACUACAUUCAUUUCAACCCAGAUGAUACCUUCCAGCUGGUCAGCAACAGUGAAAGCCAAGUCAUCUUUUAUUCUUGGUCCUCAGGUCAGUUGGAGUACUUUGCCCCACCUCUACAAGAUGAGGAUUUCAACAAGCAAGUAGGUCGAUACAGUCAGACCAUCUACCAAACCAACAGUUCAAGAGCACUCACAGCAACAUCAGUGGGUAACCUGGUGGUAUGGGACAAUAACAAACCAUUAACUAAAGUUGUCAGCACUGAUCCUUCACCAGACAAGAAAGCACUGAAGCUUGUUAAGCUGCAAGAUAGAGCAAUCAAUGUUCUUACUACAACUGACGGAUAUAUUGUAACAGGGGAUGUCUUAGGCCACGUUCGCUUCCUAGACCAGACACUUAAGCUGAUUAUGUGGUAUCAAGAUUUCAAUCUGGGGCCUAUCAGUUCCAUCUCUUUUGCUUGUGAUCCCCAAUUUCAUGACAGAACUGAGGAUACAUGGGAGGAGGAGCAAUUUGGACAGCAUCAGAGUUUGAGACUGAAAGACCAAAGGGAAUAUCCAGCAGAUGCUACAAUCAAGGCACAGAAGCUUAUCAUCCGAGACUUUGUUGUUGGUACCUCUACAGCUGUUUAUGGACAUAUAACUACACAGGGAACUAUCAUUGAUGUGAUUCACCGUGAUCAUGAUGCUUCUGUCCAUGCUCUGGCUGCUCAUCCUUUUAGACCACAGAUAGCCAUGGGCAGUUAUUCAGGUCUAUUAAAGCUUUGGGACUAUGAAAAAAGAAUUGUGAUAGCUUCCCGGUACUUUGAGAGAGGAAACAUGAUCAGAUGUUGUUCAUUUGAUCCUACAGGAUCUUUUAUAGCUGUGGGUUUCAUGAAUGGAGCAGUUAAUGUGGUGAAUGCAUUUGAUUUACAAGAUGAGUGCAGUGAGCCUUUCCGCUAUGCCAGAGAUGUCAUUACACACUGUGCUUUCUCUCAUGAUUCUCAGUAUUUGGCAACUGCAGAUGGGGAGUGCACUGUGUCAGUAUUCAAAGCACAGCACACAGAUGGAGAAGAACCUUGGAUCUACUUAGGCAGACAUCGAGCUCAUUACAAGCUCAUCAAAGACUUGAUAUUUGGAGUCCAGUUAGAUUCCAAUCUACCUAGGCUUAUGUCCUUGGGAGCAGACAGAGUGCUUGUGGAAUAUGACUUGCAGAAUAGUGGCAAGGAUGACCUGCGUGUAAUGGAGUCUGACAGGAUAGAACAGAGUGCCCAGCCACUGUGUCUCACGUGGUAUCCAGCUCUCAAGAAAGAACACUUCAUUCUCACAGUAAAUGACCAGUACAAAUUCAAGCUGUAUAAUUCCACCACCAAAAUGUGCAGGAAAACCCUUUUGGGGCCAACAUAUGGGUCUCCAAUCCAAAAGAUAGCAAUCAUCCCCACUCCAGACCCAGAUAACAGCAAGAGAUACCUUGCUUACAUCAAUGAUGACAAGGUGGGACUCCAUAUGCUGCCUCUGGAUGGUAAUCCACACAAUGCCAUGGCUCUGGUAGCACAUCCUACAGGGGUUGCUAACCUGGCCUGCAGUUAUGAUGGUAAAUAUGUGUUCACUGCUGGAGGGCCAGACUGCACUGUACACAUGUGGCAACUCAAUGUGCUAGCACUUGAGGCACAGUCAAAGAUGGGAGGUGAGGACCUGAUACCUUUCUAUGGUCUGCUGGAUGGAGGUCGAGAUGGUGAGCUGUUUGCAGAACUGGAGAAUUAUUUUUAUUAUGCUCAAAUAAGAAGUCAAGGUGUGAAUACUAUGGACACUAGAGCUGUUUCUGUGAAGAUUCCAUUAUCUGAGGUGCCAUAUGUCAUGAUGGCCAUGGGAUUUUAUCCAUCUCAGCAAGAGAUUCAAGACAUGUUGAAUGAAGUGAAAUACAGUGAAUAUGUUGAAACAGGGAAAUAUGUGGAGGAGAUUGAUCUAGGAGAGUUUAUAAGAUUGUAUAUUAACCAUCGACCAGCUUUUGGAUUGUCUCCUGAAAGACUGGCUGCAGCAUUUGAGACCCUGGGGCUGCCCACAGAACAAGGCUAUGCCAUUGACAGGGGAGAGCUUUUAGAUCUACUGCAAAGCAAAGGUGAACACAUGACAGAGUAUGAGCUAGCUGAGUGCCUGACAACACUGCUGGGGUUCAAUGCUGAAGGGGGCAGCAGUGAGAUGCAUGAGUUUGAUCCCUCCACAGCGGGAGACAUAAUUGAGGAAAACCUGCCCCAGGACAUCACUGUAGACAUGUUUGCUGAUGAGUUGCUGGGAUUUUCUAUGUAUGUGCCCCCUGGACUGCCAGAGGGGCUGGCCACACAUGAAACACAGACAGAAACCCUAGAGACAUGAUCAAGAUGUUCUAGCUAUUAAUACCAGCAAAAAAAGAGACAUACCAAUGUUAAUGGAACUUGAAAUGUAAAAAUCAGAAUCCCAAAAUAUUGGAGAACAACUGGUAGAUCAUUUUUCAGUUUCACUCGAGGGAGUUGAAUAUACAGCACAAAAGAAGAUUUGAUUUCAUAUUAUUGCAUCAUUUUGGAUCUGUGUAAUAAUAUACUAAGCACAAUUCAAUUUAUAGCUGUUGUUUUGAUCUGUGGGCAUUUGGAUUUUGACAUCUGUUGUGUCUUUUAAGGCUGUUCAUUAACUUAAUAUCACUGUGAACCUAAUGAUUGACUUAAGAUCUCUUUGUUCUCUGCCCAGUUCACUAUGUACCUGACUGACUGGCAAUAUAAAGUAAGUUGGUAGCCACAGUUCCCAAUUACUUAAAUGAAAAAAGGGGGAGGAAAAAGGAAUAGCAAUCCAUCACUCCCCCCAGUAUAAUUAAGUAGUGCCAAGCAAGAGAUGAAACCCAACCUAUGCCAUACACUAUGACAUAGCUGUGUCACAGGCCAUACUUAUCUCAACAAGAUAAUUCAGGCAUUAAACACAUUUAUCAGGUCUGCACAUUCAUAGGAAGUGUACAGGACCUUAAUACAACCAUAAAGCAACAGAUGCAGGUGUAUUGUCUCAUAAAUUAAAAUAUUUACCUAAGUUAUAUCAAUACAUAUAACUUUGUUUUGUACAUAAUGUGAAUACUAUAUAUAAUGUAUUUUUAAGGGUUCAUAAUAAAAGA